GAAGUUUCAAGCAAUCUCAUUUGCAUACUCGGUGCGUGACUAGAUCACACCAGGUCACAAUGUCUCUGUUCUUCCCCUCUCUUGUUAAUCAUUACCAUUCGCCUCACAUUCGCUCUCGUGUUUGUAUUCUUUUAUUGAAGCUCUUGAAAGAUCCGGACAAACGCAAAGAUUAUGAUAAAGAUGGUAUUAUCCCAUUCGAUAACGAAGACGAUGAAGCGAAUGGACAAUCGAGGAAAUCGUGGAAAGAGUAUUUUGACCUCAUUUUUGGUAAAAUCUCAACGGAUGAUAUUGAUAGUUUCGCUCAACAAUAUAAGAUGAGUGAAGAAGAAGAAAAAGAUGUGCUGCAGAAUUACAUCAAGUUUAAAGGGUAUGCUCCACUUGUCGAUCGAUUUACGGAUACGAACAAUGGUCACAAGACUAACUUUUUUCUUUUACGUGUCUUCUGUGAUCAUUUCGAUGUUACCGGUGGAACAAACUCAACGAAGCAGUAACCUGAAGAAAAUGUUAGAAUUUGUCUUGCUGAGUGACGAAAGAGAUGUAGCACGGUGAGUGUAGAUCCUUGAGUAAUCGAAGCGACUGUCAUCUUUGAUCGCGACGCCAUAUAGAGUCUGAACGUAUCUUUUUUCUUCGGGUAAUGAAAGCUGGAUCGAGGAUUACAUUCAACCGGCAAUUGAGAAGAAUGAAGUCGAAAAUUUUGAACCAAUGCUCACAAAAACACGAUCACAAAUCGAAAAAAAGAUACCUCAAAAGACGAACAAUAAAAAAAGCUUCCAAGAUGUUUACUUUAAUGAUCCUGAUGAAACUGAAACGGAGGAUUCGGAAAGUGACUGUGCCACUAGAAGUAAGAUAACGAAGCAUUCAGGAAGAUCCAAAGGACAGAAGGGGGGAAAUAAAACUGUUAGAAAGGCGAAGUCAACCAAAGCAAAAACCAAGUCAAAGGAUAGAAACAUGGAAGAUUUGAUUGCUUCAAUACGAAACAAAAAUGGGCAGGGUAAUCCACUUGCAUCUAUUGCCGCAAGGUAUGGUACAUCUUUGACCGAGGAGGAUCCAAUAGAUAAUGAACAAUUCGAAAAACUGAGGUCAAAGUAUACUAAAAAAAAAUGAAUGAAAAACAAAUUGAUGGUUCCAGUUAAUCAUGUAUAAAAUUACACCCCAAAU